ACCAUGAGCGACCAGCCCAGGCUGCACCUCCGCCGCGAAAGCGAGUCGGACGAGCGCGCUAUCCGCUUCCUCAAGGAACUAGUGGCAGCGACCCCGACCCAGCGGAACUGGGGCGGCAUCCUCAUCUCCCUGAUCGUCAUCGGCCUCAUCAGCUCCCUGAUCGUCACCUGCGUUAUUCUCCUGACGCCACCGGACCAGGGCCCCAGGAUCCGAGGUCAUCUGAUAACUCUGGACGAUGUAGUGAAAUCCAUCUACCAUGUGCGGCCGUUCGACGGAGAGUGGAUCAACGGUGACGAGCUGGCCUUCCGCGAUGACGACGGCGGCGUGUCAGUGUUCGAUGCCCGCACUCAGACGACGCGCACGCUCGUCACCAACCGCACGCUGAGGCAAACCAGCGCCGAGCAGUUCCAGGUUUCACCCGAUCUGAAAUACGUUCUUCUGGCGAGCAAACGCAGUGACCACACGGACCAUCGCUAUGAGUCCCGGUACUGGAUCUGGCCCGUGGACACGGGGUACACGGCGGCGCUGCGCGCGCGCGCUGACAGCGCCGACUCGUACCCUGUCACACGCGACGGCCGGCCCGGCCUCGUGUACCACGGCGUCACCGACCCGCUGUACCGCGAACAUGUGCUUGGUUCGUCGCGGGCUGUCUGGCCGUCCCCGGCCGGCACCGGUCUGCUGUACUUCACCCUCAACGCAACGGCCGUGCCCGACCUGCAGUACACGCUGUACGGUACCGGACGCAGCCCAGCGUACCCGACCGUACGCUCCGUCAAGUACUCCAGGGCUGGCGGUGUGAACCCGGAGCUGACGGUGACGGUGGUGAACAUCACCGAGCCCCGUCGGAUGGAGUACCGCACCGUGCAGCCGCCGGCCGUGCUCGCUCAGCAGGAGCUGUACGCGGCCGGCGUCAGCUGGCUCGGCGAGCAUCAGCUGACGAUCACGUGGUACAACCGACGUCAGAACGCCAGCCACGUCACUGUCUGCUCUGCGCCCGACUGGUCCUGCCGAACGGUGUACCAGUCGCAGACGGCGGUGGGCUGGCUGCCGGGCCGGCCGAACCUCCGGACCGUGGCCCGGGCAGCGCCGCCGGCGCAGCGGCACCUGAUCAGUGUCUCGGCCGGCGCGGCGGGGUCGGGCGACGUGUGUGGCGUGGACACCAAUAACAGAAGCGUGGUGCAGCUAACGCGAGAGAAGACGGGAGUUAUCAAAAUACUGGCAUGUAGUCAUGACUUCAUAUACUACACCGCGCCGGUGGCGGACCAGCCCGGCCAGCGGCAUCUGCACCGGGUGGCGGUGCCUGGCUCUGCCGCUCCGGCUGGCGCCCACUGCAUGACCUGCAGCCAGGUGCUGGGUCGGCAGCACCCCCACGCCCAGCUCUGCCUGUACCACGACGCCAUCUUCAACGUCGACGGCCGCCACUACGCACUCCACUGCCUGGGCCCUAUGGUGCCCCACGUAACUGUCAGUGCGGCCGACGCUCCACAGAUGACGCUUCUGCGCAACAACAGCCGGCUGCGCGCCGCCGCUGCCAACACGUCGCUACCGCGCGUGGAGGCACUGCGCGUGCCGCUGACGGUGCCGCCGCAGCACCGGCCUAACGAUGUGGUCGCCUACCCGCUACUCGUGCGGUUGGAGGCGCGUGCGGCGCGCGGCCGUCGGUGGGCCGUCGACUGGGGUGCCUACCUGGCCUCGCGCCGACAGAUGGUGGCCGACCUGCGGAGGGUCAUCUCCAACCUGACGGCGACGCUGGACUACCUGACCCCGCGCCAGGUGGUGCUGGUGGGUCGUGGCUUCGGCGCGCACCUGGCGCUGAGGCUGCUCGCUGGCCCGGAGAAGCCGGCCAACUGCGCCGUCGCCAUCGCGCCCGUCACGUCCUGGGAGAGCUACGCGUCAGCGUUUAGCGAAAGGCAUCUGGGGCUGCCAGUUGACAACGAGCGCGGCUACUCACGUGCGGAUAUGAGCCAGUGGGCACCAGGCCUCUCUGGGAAGCGUCUGCUAUUGGUUCACGGCACGGCUGACGUCACCGUCAGCGUUCAGCAAACUUUCCUGCUGGCUCGAUGGCUGGAGAAAGCGGGCAUGUUAUUCCGACAAGUGCUGUACCCGGACCAGCCCCACGACCUGGGCGGCGUGCUCGGCCACCUGUACAAGACGCUUGACCGGUACAUGACCGAGUGUCUGCUGCCAGACGGUCCGCGGCAGCUGGCGGCGGCCGUGCAGUGAGAGGCGGCGCCGCCGGAGCCGCGCCGCCGUCCCGCCUGGUGUGCUCUGUACGGGUUUCUGCCCUGGAAACGGGCAACGCGCCGCUCCCCGCCGCUGAGUGGGCUCAGCUUCUCCCUCCAUCGCGGGACAUUGGCCGGGCACCAGCCGUUCGCUCUCGGUCCCCUCCAGCACGGAAUCGCUGGUAGCGCUGCCGCCGGGGCCGGCUGCGGGGAGCCUGGUCUGUAGCGGCUCUCGUGGCUCUGGCGCUGGCGCUGGCGCUGGUGCAGGUGCUGGCGCUGACGUCCGUCCGUCUCGGGGUGCUCCGGGAUCGGCCCGCGACGUGUCAUCGCCGUCCAACGUCGCCGUCCAGCGCGGGCGACGGCGCCGGCUAGCCUACGUGGCCGAACUCCAGACAGCGCGGAUGCAGCGCCCUCCCGCGUCGGCCGGUGCCCCGCUCCGGCCGGCGGUGAACCGGUCACGAGCCGGGCCUCAAUGGGCUGCGGACCACUCCGGCUAGCGCAGGGCAUGCACAUGCACGCCACAGAUCAUAGAGCCCAGGUGGCUAGCGUCGUGAAGCGUUAAUGUGGCGUUGUCCUGGUCGGCCGUCUAGGCAGGCAGACGGCCGUAGAGACUGCCGGUGAACAGCAGACACGAUGUGACCCGAUCUUUAGCGGGGUCGGCGCGUGUCGCAUUCGACGCUUGACGGACCCGACUGCCGCUGUGUAUGUCAAGCUGGCACCGCAGUAUUAUGAGCCGUGUAUGUUGGUGUCCUAGGCGUGUACUGUUGUGCCCGUGCCUGCGCGUCCGAUGUACAAGGAUGCUCGCCGAGUCAAUGUUAACGUGUACGCUUCAUAAAUUAAAGAUAUCGUCCGUAGAACUGCAAUGGACUCCAGUUAUAUAGUUGG